AUGAUCAACGUCGAUCUCGAGCCGCCAGUUAUGUUCUACACCUUUGCCACCCCCAGAAACGACAGUCGCACCAACCAAGCCCAACAGACAAAGUCCCAAAGAAAGCAGCGACCAAAAGUGAGCGUCGCUUGUGAACGUUGUCGAGAUCAUCGGAUCCGCUGCGGCAAUCGAACGCCAUGCCAUCAGUGCAUCGCGGUCAAGGCUCGGUGUAAGCGGGCGACCUCCAAGGGAAAUCUGUCACCUGUGGCAGCCCCACGAGCUGGCGGCAGGCAAGCAGUUUGGACGACGUCCUUCCCAGAGCCAUCACAGAGAGAUACUCCGAAUGUUGAUGUGACUCCCGCCAGUGUGGCUCUACCUUGUUCGGCAACUCCAGGGUGGGCUCGCAUGAAGCAGGUUUCUACCAUCCUAACAUCAUUCCUUGAAUCCGCAUCCAAGGCACUCCAUCAGAUCCCCCGAGAUCCAUUGUUCAUCGAGUACGAUACGCCAAUCUCAGUCUAUCACCCAAGCGCUCUCGAGUCGGACGCCCCGCCCGUGACUCCUUUGUCCAAAGAAGAGACGGACUGCUUGUUGGACCUCUACUGGCCGACGUUCGAGAUCGAGAUACCCAUCCUAGAUCCGAUCUCAUUUAGAACGCAGUAUGAGUGUCUCUGGACCCAGGAUGGACAGGCAAGAUCUUCAUUGCCUCUCGUGGAUGCGCUCACAGCCUUGGCUUUGCAGCACGCUCAAAGCACAGAUCUGAUGGGACGGACUGUCGGCACAAGGCACUUGAGGUGCAUGUACCAUGGGGACGUUGGCCUGGCGGCGUUCUGCUACGUUCGGCGUUGCCGCAAGACACUUGAGCAGGAUGCCAGUGAGCCUUCCCUGACAAAGGUGCAGUCGUAUGCUCUCAUGACGGCCUACUUACUCAAUGCUGGCCAGUACGAGACGGCGUAUACCAUGCUCGGUGUGGCGAUACGACUAGGGUAUUUGCUCGACAUACACGUGCAGCGCGGCCUCGACAACGAUGAGGAGCCAUCUGUGGUAGACUGGAUGUUCACUAGAGCUCCGGAGGUCGCUCGCUGUCCACUGGCCCGGCUUGCCUCCUUCUGCACCUCCGUCGUCGUUGGCAACAACCAUCCAGUAUCAUGUCUCUCGCGCAAAAAACUCACCACGGCAAUACUGUCGGCGCUUGACACUCUGAUGCGGAACUCGCCGGCGCCGCCACAUGGUGGCGAUGUGAUUGUCUCGCUGGACGCUGAAAGCUUGGAGAAGACACUGCAUCCCCUUGAGCAAUGGAAGCAAAAUAUUUGCCACGACAACGGGCCUUUGUAUUUGCGACUGAGCACGGCGCAGGCCGAGGCCACGAGUCCACGGCUUAAGACUGUUGGCUGCGAGAGACAGUCUGCCCUGCUGUCAUUGUAUUAUCACGACGCCAUAAGAAGAUUCUUUCAGCCCUUCGUCACCGUCUUCCUCCUCGACCCACAGCCACCACAGCCACCUCGGGAUCUAGGGCAAGCAUCUGUAUUGGCUAAAAAGGGAGCAGACCACGCCAUGGCAAUUAUCGACAUCAUUCACAACAGCUUGCGAUCGUCUGAUGCUCUUUACGGCUGUUUUGAGCUGUACAUCUUGGAGUGGAACGCCCUGUUGAGCAUCUUCGCUUUAACAAUCGCUUGCCCGUCGCUGUUGCCCUGUUCAGUCGCGCUUGAAAAGUUAGAGCGAGCAUCAAUGCUCUUUGAGCUGGGCGAAAAGCGGCAUGCUGUAGCGAAGAGAGCCUGGAUUCUAACUCAGAGACUAAGGACACAACUGCUCGACGCCACCAGAAGCUGUGCGAUCAAGUCAAGAAACACUGAAACAAACGGGCUCUGCCCUGAAGCUUCAAUCAACGCACUAUUAUCCACUGACCGAGAGUCUGUUUCAUUGUGUACGGACCAACAGUGGUGGCAGGAGGACUCGGCUGAGGACGUAUGGUCUUGGCUGGAGGAUUUUGGGACCACCGACUCGUGGGAUAGCGAGUGUCUGGAGAUUGAUACCUUGCUCAAUAUGACCCAUUCACUGCCUUCGGCCGAUUCGAGCACCUGCAAUAGAGAUCACCAUCCGCAAGCUUGA